AUGAGAUACCUCUAUCUCAUACCCACUCUCUUUGCAACUCUUUGCAAAGCCGCGACUCUGAAUCACGUCGAUACCCUAGGCUUCUCGGCCAGUGGCUCGAACCUCCAGCUUGGUGGUACUGGGCUUGCUCCUACUAUCCGGCUCGAUAGCAAUGACUGGCCAGGGGUCAUUCGUGCAGCAGGUGACGUUGCUCUCGAUUUCGGACGAGUACUUGGGACGAAUGGAACCGUUCUGCUCACCAACUCCACUUCGUCGUCGACCAGUGCUGCAGUUAUCAUCGCAGGGACGAUCGGCAAGUCGAGCCUUAUCGAUGCCCUCAUCUCGAGUUCCAAAAUCGACGUCUCCGCUAUCAAAGGAAAAUGGGAAUCCUAUUCCUCGCAAGUAGUCUCUCAACCAAUGUCUGGUGUGUCGUCCGCACUCGUCAUCGCGGGUAGUGACAAACGAGGAACUAUAUACGGUCUCUACGACAUCUCCGAACAAAUUGGAGUCUCCCCUUGGUAUUGGUGGGCAGAUGUACCGCCAAAGACGAAGACUGGUGUAUGGGCUCUUCCUGUCACAAAGAUUCAAGGACCUCCAUCAGUGCAAUAUCGAGGAAUCUUUCUGAACGACGAAGCGCCUGCUCUAUCAAACUGGGUGACAGCAAACUAUCCGAAUGGCCAGUACGGUGCGGGAUACAAUGCCAACUUUUAUGCCAAAGUCUUUGAGCUGCUCUUACGCCUUCGAGCCAAUUAUUUGUGGCCAGCUAUGUGGGACAAUAUGUUCUACGUGGACGACAGUACGAGUGGCCCACUUGCCGACAGAUAUGGUAUCGUUAUGGGCACAAGCCAUACAGAACCGAUGGCGCGGGCGACAAAGGAACAGGGCUUAUUCAAUAGCGGUACAUGGGACUGGACCACCAAUAAAGCAAACGUCAAAACCUUUAUGCAACAGGGGGUAACUCGAGCCAAAUCGUGGGAGACGCUUUGGACGUUGGGCAUGCGCGGUGAACACGAUACGGGAAAUCCAAAUAUAACCGCCGCGUCCCUGACGGAAAUAAUCUCGUACCAACAAUCGAUUCUCAAGAGUACCCUAGUCUCGGAGCUUACUUGCAGUCUUCCAGGAAGUCGCCGCGUUUUAUCAGCAAGGGAUGACCGUGCCAGAAAUUACAAGUGGAUCAACACGAUUCAGCUAGUCAAAACAUGGGAGCAGAUGCAUCUUGCAUAUGAACGUCAGGCGCGAAAGAUUUGGAUCGUCAACGUCGGAGAUCUCAAACCUCUGGAAAUUCCCAUCACCCACUUCUUCGAUAUGGCGUACAAUAUGCAGUCUUUCUCGUCCCCUGAUAGCACUGCAAAGUGGUUAAAAGUCUGGGCGGCCGGAGAGUUCAACUCUCGUAUCGCCGACGCAACCGCCGCUGUAAUCACAACCUAUGGAAAGCUGAUCGCUAGGAGGAAAUAUGAACUCCUGAGUACCAGUCCUUUCGCUCUGAGUGUAGGCAACUACGAUGAGGCAGAGACUGUUCUUCGAGA